GGGAUGGAAUAAAGAUAGAAACAUAUUCAAGAGUGUUAAACUCAAUGAUUCUCCACCUCGGCAACAUGUUGGAAUCACCUGCGCAAUUUUAUAAGUACCAAUGCCUAGGCCAUACCCAAGACCAAUUAAAUCAGAAUCUCGGGGGAUGGAACUCAGGAACCACUAUUUAUUAAAAGUCUUCCCAGGAGACUCCAAUUGCAGCCCAAGCUGCAGUUUCAGCAGCAAAGCGCAAUUCUUGCGACCUCCCAGAGAUGGCGGCAACAGGAUUGCUUCCGCCUUUACGUGCGCCCGGUAGGGGACGGGCUUUCAAGAGACGCAUGCGUGUGGCGUCUCUUUGCCCCAUGCUCCCUCCUCCUUUUCCCCCCGCCUCCAUUUUGUUCGCGGACGCUGGGGACAGUGGGAGCACUUCCAUUUCCGGGUUGGCAAAAGGGGCGGCGGCGGUGAGAGAGGAAGCUUGCCGGGUCGCUAGCAGGUCCGGCCGAAGCCGGAGCGGAGGUGGCGGAGGAUUCGCUCCCGGAGCAGCUGUGGCCGGGUUGGAAGGAGUCCAGGAAGGCUGGGUAUAUGAGUGACCUAAAGCUGCAACUUAAAACGGAGAGAGAGCAGUGCCAACUGCGAUCAGGGCAAGGAUGCCAAUUCCUCCCCCACCUCCACCGCCCCCUGGUCCUCCUCCACCUCCCACUUCUAAUCAGGCAAACACAGAGCAGCCCAAGCUGAGUAGAGAAGAGCAGCGGGGCAGAGGUGCCCUCUUACAGGACAUCUGCAAAGGGACCAAACUGAAGAAGGUGACCAACGUUAAUGAUCGGAGUGCUCCCGUCCUUGAGAAACCCAAAGGAAGCAGUGGUGGUUAUGGCUCUGGAGCAGCUGCCCUGCAGUCCAAGGGAGGUCUCUUCCAAGGAGGGGUGCCGAAGCUCCGACACGUGGGAGCCAAGGAUGGUUCAGAGAACCUAGCUGGUAAGCCAUCCCUACAAGUCUCCAGUUCUCGAGCUGCUGCACCAAGGCCGCCAGUGUCUACAGCCAGUGGGCGCCCUCAAGAUGAUACAGACAGCAGCCGAGCCUCACUCCCAGAACUGCCCCGGAUGCAGAGACCCUCAUUACCAGACCUCUCUCGACCUAAUGCCACCAGCAGUACAGGCAUGAAGCACAGUUCCUCUGCCCCUCCUCCGCCCCCUCCAGGGCGGCGUGCCAAUGCACCUGCUACCCCUCUACCUAUGCAUAGCAGCAAAGCCCCAGCCUACAACAGAGAGAAACCUUUGCCACCCACACCUGGACAAAGGCUUCACCCUGGUCGAGAGGGACAUCCUGCUCCACCCCCAGUCAAGCCACCUCCUUCCCCUGUGAAUAUCAGAACGGGACCAAGUGGCCAGACUCUGGCUCCUCCACCGCCGCCUUACCGCCAGCCUCCUGGGGUCCCCAAUGGACCCUCCAGUCCCACUAACGAGUCAGCCCCUGAGCUGCCACAGAGACACAAUUCUUUGCAUAGGAAGACAGCAGGGCCUGUCAGAGGCCUCGCACCUCCUCCACCCACCUCAGCUUCCCCCUCUUUACAGAGUAAUAGGCCACCUCCCCCAGCCCGAGAUCCUCCCAGCCGGGGAGCAGCUCCUCCACCACCCCCACCCAUGAUCCGAAAUGGUGCCAGGGAUGCUCCCCCUCCCCCCCCACCAUACAGAAUGCAUGGCUCAGAACCCCUGAACCGAGGGAAGCCCCCGCCUCCGCCCUCAAGGACGCCAGCUGGGCCACCCCCUCCUCCUCCACCACCCCUAAGGAAUGGCCACAGAGAUUCUAUUACCACUGUCAGGUCUUUUUUGGAUGAUUUUGAGUCAAAGUAUUCUUUCCACCCAGUAGAAGACUUUCCUGCUCCAGAAGAAUAUAAACACUUCCAGAGAAUAUAUCCCAGCAAAACAACCCGAGCUGCCCGUGGAGCCCCGCCUCUGCCACCUAUUCUCAGGUGAAGCCUGACUUGGUCCUGUUCCUCAGGAAAAGGAUGGACCCUGUCCUCUUCUCAGAUGGUCCCUUCCGUCGCCUGAAACCUGCAUGAGAACUCCUAAUGUGUUUCUCCAGUGCAACAGCCUCUAGACUCCAAGCGUCCUCCCUGCUCACCUCCAUCUGUGCAUCUUUCUCUAGACUUAAUGACUGGGCUCUUUAUAUUGGCAGUAGGGUCUCAGCCCCUGCAUCCAUCCCUCCUCUAGCAAGCCCUACUAGCCAGAUGAGGAAGAAGCUUCCAUGUCUCCUGCUUUCCUCUGGGGGAAAGGUGCCUUGUGAUGAACUAGCUCGUUGUUGGGGCAGGGUCGACAAUGGCAUUGCUACUUUCUCCUUCCCACUGUGAGGGGAGCUUGGCCAGGUAUAUUUCAUUAUUUAGAAGGUUGGCAUGGCCAGGACUUCUGUGGGGGUGGUAUUUUUAGUGAAACAGGAAAGGGGUUUGCAGAGAAGUGAUCUGUUUUAAAGGUCAAAUUUGGAGAAAGGGCAAGGAAAUGGUCUGCUUUACUUUAAGGGGUAUUUUGGUUUUGCUCCCACCCCAACUCAUGUCCCUGCCCAAAGGAUAAGUUGGAUAUAAACACUAAAUACUAAUCAGUUAUACUAAGUGUCUAAUAAAAAGAACAGGUGAAAUAAACCGGGGAUCCUUUUAGAGUUAGUCAGUUUCUCUGCACCAAAGGGACCAGGAGCCAUUUAUUCCUGUAAGAACUCCCUGCCCCUGCUUCCUCAGGGUGUUGAGGCCGAGAAAUGUUUUUCCUCCCCCCACCACCCAUUCCCUCCAGAGAAAAGUCACUUUUAUUCAUUCAUUGCAGAUUCACAAAUUCCAAAAAUCUCCAGUGGGAGAUAGGAAGAUAGGGCCUUGGCUUUGAUACCAUCCCCUUUUUUGUGAUUCCAGUCUUUUCUGACUGGCCCUUUCAGCCCUAUCCAGAAACUUUAGCCCCUGAUGGGUGCUCUAGGAUGACAAAGAAGGGAAAGGUGAAGCACUUCAUGGAAGGGACCAGCUCUGUGGGCUAGGAAAGACUUCAAGGCCUGCUUGUUCCACAGUUCACAGCCCAUCUGACUAGCAGGCUCUUCCUGUUCCUUUCUCAACCACUCUUGCCUUCCCAAGAGCGCAGGGUUAACACAGCAGAGUAGAGAAGGGUGAGGAAGCUAACGGUAUUCUUCUGUGCCAAGAAGCAUGAAGACUUUGGUAACGGGUGCCUCAGUCCUGUUGAUCUUCCUUAGCAGCCACCAAUAUGCUAUUUCUUCAUUUUCCAGGUCCUGGUUUAAAGAGCACAGGGCAAAUGGGAGUUCCCAAUCUAGGUAGGAACUGAGCUUGGAUGAUGGGAUAGGGACUUCCCCUUCCAGCAGCAGGAUGAGGCUCUUGAGCUCCACACACAGGAGGGUUUGGUUUGCUUUAGGUCUUGCCAAGGGCAGAGGCUGCUCAAAGCUUGGAAUGAGAACACAGAGAUCAUGGCAGUUCUUGAAAUGGAUGGGGAAAGUCAGUUAAAAUUUUUUGCCAGAGUCAUCAGAGGUUUAAACUGUCAUAGGGACCUUUCCAAUCUAUUGGAUCACAGACUAAGGAUCUGUGCAUCGUGCCUAGUGAAACCUGUCUUCCCAGUGCUAGAUGAGAGAGCUCUCAUGGGGUUGUUUGUGUGGGGUCUGCUGUGCUUUGCCAUCCCCUGGACCAUAUUGACUGUUGGGAAAACCCAUAUUUAGGUUUGUCACCAGACUUUCCCUAAUCGUUAUCAUUCUUAUUUUCAGAUCUGUUAGCAAUUAUCUCCAGCAGUAUCCCCAGCAUCCUGAAGCCGUUAGAGCUGAGAGAGGGGAUGCUAGUGGAGGAAAAAGGAGAGAGUACAGGAGUUGAUAUUGCAGCAGAGUUCCAGGGUAGAUGCUGACCAGUUACUGAACUUGGACUGUGAAGUCUUCCCAUUUAUUUUUGAAAUGGGAGUUGAUGCCUUUUGUGUAAAUGAUAUCAAAGUGCAUCUUUUUUUUUUUUUUGUCUUUUACUCAAACAUAGAGCAUCAAGAGUAAAAACCAAACCCCAGCUUUUCAUUGGAGCAGAUAUCUUCCUUGCCUAUGUCCUGCUGCCCCUCAUAUUCUCUAGCGUUUGGACUGUUUCACAUGGGUAUUGAUUAUAUUUUCAUUUUGUUGGCCUCAUGAAAAAAAAGGCCUGGGCCUAAAUCUAGUCAGAUGGAUUUUCUUCUUCAGAGCAUGUUGAUGACACAGUACCUAUUUAAAUGUCUUUGCCUUAUACAUUAUUUUGUCCCUUUGUUAAUAACAGAUUUAUUAUCAUGUAUAUUACUAUUGCAGAAUGGGAAUGUGAUCCUCAUAGUUAUUGAUCUAUUUUGUAUGUUGUAAAAAAAACUUGUAAUAAUAGGUUUAAGGUGGGCUGGCUGCAAGAGCACUAAAACUUCUCACCUUUUAAUCUGCUCUUUUUAUCUGCUUGUGGGAAUGUCGUCUCUUCAAGGAAGACUGGGUGGUCUCAUGUUGAGGCUGUCGCCCAGUCCCAUUAGCCCCCAUAUCCCCUCCCAGAAGGAAGAGACAUUGCCCAACAAAGAUCAGGAAGCUGUGUUAAAAGCCCUUGUGUGGGUUUGGUUUUAUGUUUUUCUCUAGUGGGAAAAACUUAGUAAUUUCUUUUUCACUGUUUCUGGGAAGCAGGGCAGUGGCCUCCAAGUUUUUAAAUGAGCUGACUGCCCCUCUUCCCCCUCUUCUCUGGUAACCAAACCUGAAUCAAAGUACUUUGAUAUUCCAGGUGUGGUUUUCUCCAUCAUGGGGAUUGCCUCCAGCUGCAGAGCCCCCAUCACUCUCAUAACCUGGGCCUGCAGAGUAAGAGCACUUAGGGCUGCCCCGCCUGAUGGAUGGGAGGCUGCUGUCUCCAGAAGUUCAUCCCACCCCGCUCGUCAGGCCACGGGGAGGCUAGCCAUUGGCCUUUGCACUGGGGCAUCCCCUCACCCCAUAGCUUCCCAACUUGAAACCCAGAUUUACCUCCAAGGAGAGGUGAGAAAAAAUUGUAAAUAGACUUGCUACAGAGCAACUCAGGCUUGGGGGGUGUAUUUUAAUUCUCCUGAUCACUUGAAAUAAUCUGUAGGCUGAGGGCAUAUGGGAGUAGGGGAGAAAUGUGACUCCAGGGUCCCUCCCUUAUGCGAUGCUCUCGGGGUGGAGUAUAGGGCAUCUGAGGCCCUUUGAUGGCACUACACAGAGCUAGCUGUCCUUCUGGAAACCCAACCUACAAUCAACUACAAACCAAAUUCUUCACAUUCCAGUUGUAGUCUUAUCUUUCCCUAUUGAAGAGUCCCUGGCUAUGUGGUCAAGGUGGCUUUAAUUAGGGAAUAGGAGGCAUUACAACUCUGCCUUCAAGAGUCAUCUCUUAAAAGCAAAAUGAAGCAAAACUACAACCACCUUCAAAACACAUACACAAAAGAGAGUAACUGUUUAACUGAAGGAAGGAUUUGGUUCCAUUCAACUCCACGUUCAUUGUGCCUUUACUUGUGUUAGAUUUCUGUGCUUUCUUCCACUCUAUUUGAAGCAAUUAAAAUCUUCCUUGAUAACUAC